GUUUCUGUGCAGAAGAAGUAGUUCAGUCGACAUCUUAAAAAUAAAGCCCCAUUUGUGAUCAUUGGUGCAAAUUAAAUACUUGUUCGUCGAAUUUCCCUUGUGAUCGAAGUGUAAGCUGAAGAUUUUUAGGAGUGGACUGGAAUUAACCCAUUCUAUUCGAUUUCGUUCGUGUUCCAACGAUGGGCAGUCAAUACCAACGCUCUGUACCGCAGGAGGUGAGGAGAGCGGAGGGGGAGAGAGUGCGAACAAAGCAUCCGGACAAAAUACCAAUCAUCGUGGAGAGAGCAGCUAGAUCACGUGCUCCUGACCUGGACAAGAAGAAAUACCUUGUGCCCUCCGACUUGACAGUUGGACAGCUGUGUUUUCUGAUCAGACAGCGUGUGUCCAUGAGACCAGAGGAAGCGCUCUUCUUCUUUGUGAACAACUCCCUCCCCCCGUCCAGCUCCCCUCUCUCUGCAGUGUACGAGGAACACCACGAUGAGGACUUGUUCCUGUACAUGACUUACAGUAAUGAGAGCGUCUACGGUGCCUGAGAGGAGAGGGAAGGUCAGACGGAGAGAGAGAGACAGGAGAUGAAGAGAGGAAGUAGGUUACAGACUGUCGGAGUCAGAAGCUCACACUUUGUUAUUUUUACACCACUAUUAUUCGUCUAGGACAUGAUAUUAGUUUUUGAGUAGGCAGUGGGAAUAAGUUGGGUAGGGAAGGGUCUCAAGGGGUUUUUGGUUUGUCAGUGUUUUGCAAUUAGCGUAGUGUUUUUCUGUUAAUGCCCAACCUAUGUUGAUAGUUUGUAAAAGUUUAAUUUGAAAGAGGCAGUGAAAGCAAAGUUUUCAUUGGUGAAGAAAGGUAUUUGAAAAGGGAGAUAACUCUCUUUAUUUUCAUCUUUCUCUCUCGGUCAUCUGUAUUUAAUGCAAAUAGUAUUUCUUUUUUUGUAAAUGAAAAUCAUGAACUUUUGUGGAAAAUAAAAAUGUAAAUGCAUGUA